UGUCAAUUAGAUUAUAUUCUCGUGACGUCCGUUUUGUUUUGUUGAAUCCCGACAUUAUGAAGGCCGUGAUGACGUCACAAAACCGCACCGUGCGAUGUCAUUUCUCUCAUCAGAGUAAUGAUUCAUCUUUGAUCUUUUUGGGCGUCCGAACCAAACUGCAAGUUGUGCGCCGUUUCCCAAUUUGACCACGAGUUUUUGAAGAAAUGCAGAGCCAGGAAGGCGCCGCGACCAGGCCGGAGGCCAACGAGGCCCCACAAGCCGCGGUGGCCGAACAGCCCAUGACGGCCCAGCGGGUCAUCCGCCUGCAUCGCGACCUGCUCUCCUUCUUCACCGACCUCCAGACGGCGGCCGACGCCAAGCAAUCGUUGCGGCGGAGCAAGUUUGAGGAGGCCCUGCGGCUGCGCACGGAGCGCCUGGAUGACUCGAAGAAUUUCAGCUUGAAGAAGCUGGAGGAGAUCAAGCAGGGCUGGGCUCAGGCCGCCACCAAGUCCACGCUGCCCGACCUCCUGGACUCCCUGCACGGUCAGCAAGCGCUGUGCUCGGAGAUGCUGGGCCACAAGAUGGACCUCAUCGCCUUGCUGCAGAAGAAGUGGUUGGACGGCGACGAGCGCCACUCCAUCGACCUGCGCAAGCAGACGGAGGCGCUGGACCUGAUGAUCGAGCGCAUGGACAAGGUGCGGCACAUGACCAUGGCCAACAAGGAGCUGGCGCACAUCCAGAGCCCGCACGACGUCUUCCUGACGCAGAGCCUGCGCGAGUGGGAGGGCUACCAGACGGAGCUGCGGGCCCGUCGCAAGGAGUGGCUGACCCAGAGGAAGCUGGCCAUGGAGGAGUACGAGAAGGCCAUGCCCAAGCUGGAGCUGGCGCAGGAACAGUGCAACACGUCCAAGCGCUCCAUCGACAUGAAGCUGAUGGAGCUGGAGCGCGAGCAGGAGGAGAUCAAGGGCAAGCGCAACGUGCUGGAGGCCCGCAAGCUGAGCUGCGACGAGAAGCCCGAGGUCAUCUACCUGCUGCGCAAGCGCGUCAACACGCUCAAGGUGCAGCUGAGCGACAUCAUGAAGAUGAUCCAGAUGGAGGAGGAGAGCUUCCAGCGCCGCGAGCAAUACCUGCUGGACGACAUCCGCCACAGCAUGGCGCAGCACAAGCGCAUCCAGAAGAAGAUGAAGCACUUUGCCCUGUGCGACGCGCAGACCUUCGUGGAGAUGUCGCGCAUGCUGGUGGCCGAGGUGAAGCUGCUGGCCGAGAGCGCGCUGGCGGCCGACUCGCACCUCUGCGCCCACCUGGGCCUGACGUGGGAGCGGCCCGCCGCCGCCAUGGAGCGCCGCUACCCCAUCCAGCCGCAGGACAGGUUCGAGAUGGCGGCGCAGGUGUACGCCGAGAGCGUGGCCGAGGUGGACGCCGAGACCAUGACGGCGCUGCUGGGGCUGCUGAGCGACGAGCUGGGCUUCCUGAUGGACAACAGCGAGCACCUCAGCUUCCUGUACGACGAGCGCCGCGCCGCCGAGAAGCUCCUGGGCCUGCUCAACGCCUUUGACUUCUACGACGACGACCUGAACAGGCUGGCGGCGUUCCUGCUCAAGUACGAGGAGCAGCACCGAGAGCAGGCGGGCAGCAGCAGCAGCGGCGACGGCGACGAGGCGCAACUCAUCCAUCCCAACAACGUCCUGCCGGCCUUUCUGAGCUUCGUCAGCUACCGCGUGCACUGCAUGAAAAGCUCGGCGCUUCGCCAUUACCUGGACUGGGACGCCGAUGCCGACAAGGCCUUUUGGGAGACGCUGGCCAACAUCAUCCCGCCGGCCAAGCUCAGAGUCUGGGACGCCGCCGAGAUCGCCUUGACGCGGUACCUGGCCGUGCUGGAGGAGAACUCGGAGAUAUUCCAGAACAAUCUGACGCUGGAGGAGGAAAACAGGGAGUUGCGCAGGCAACUGUCUUGCGAGAAUGACGGAAGCGCUUUUCUGCUCAAGGGCUUCCUGGAAAAAGACGCUUGAAAUGCUCCAUACCUUGUGUCAAAUGCUUAAGUGGACACUUAAUCGUUCCGGUCGCUCACGGCGGCAUCAAGACUGUACUCGUUCGUGUCACACACGCGCUCUCUUCAAGAAACGGCGUCCGCUGCGUUAAAAAAGGUUGCCAGGCUCUGAGUUGGCCUUUCUGGUAAGCGUGCCAAUGACGCAAAAGGCGUGAUUGUUUUGGAAGUUUUCCUUCUUUUUUUUUUUUUCUUCUCAAACCAGCAAGUUGGUGUCGU